AUGGAUAUUAAACCUGGAGAUCCUUAUGACAUUGACGGUGCAUGUUUCAAUGCAGAGAUGUAUGUCAAGAAAGUACUUAAGGAGUCAAAUUUAAAACAAGUAAUAGAUCAUGAAAGAGAAAUACAUCAGGACAUUCAAUCUUUACAUUCUGAUAUGCAAACUUUAGUAUAUGAAAACUACAACAAAUUUAUUUUGGCUACUGAUACAAUUGGAAAAAUGAAAAAUGAUUUUAAAAGUUUAGAAGAAGAUAUGGAAUCACUUUUAUUUAAAAUGGAUGAGAUUACUAAUACAUCAGAAAUAAUUACAUCAUCUUUGCAUGCCAAUAGAGAUGAAAUAUCAAAACUAUCAGAGACCCAUACAUUAUUAAAACGGUUGGAGUUUGUUUACACGCUUCCAACAACAUUAAAUAAACUUUUAAUAAAAGGAGAUUAUGCACAGGUUGUUCAAGAAUAUUUACAUGCUCAACGAGUUUUAACUCAAUAUGGUAAUCAAGAAUCGUUAAAGGGAAUACUUAACGAUUGUAACGAAAUAGUGAAUGAACUAAAGAAAAUUUUAUACAGCCAUUUAAGAGAUAAAGAUAUUACUGGUAAAGAGUUAACUAAAUCUGUUAAUCUAUUACUUCAACUUGAUGAACCAGUUUUAUCACUAUGCAAAGAAUUUUUAUCACACUCCAAAAAUUGUCUAUUGGAGUCAUUGCAUGUACUUCAAUCGCAAGUUGAAGAUAUAAAUCAAGAUAUGAUUGAAUUUAUUGAUUUAGGAAGUGACACUUUCCUUAGUCAAUUGUGCCUGGUAAUCGCAUCAUUCAAUGAUAUGUUUGUUGAAAAUUUAUCAAAAAAUGAUGAAAAUGAAGAGACCGAAAUCAGUAUAAAUCAAUUAAAUGUGUUUGUUGAGGAUAAUAUGAUUCGAUACUUGGAAAUUGUUCAGUGUUAUAUUGAUAGAAAUACAAGUGACACAGCGAUCCUAGUUAGAGCUCUGGACAGAUUUUAUAGAAAGAUUCAAGCAAUUGGAAAAUUAUUUUCCUACAAAGAUUUUACAUUGAAUGUAAUGGAGAUUAUUUCAUCUGCUGCCCGUCGUCAAACUAAAUUACACUUAGAUAUGUUAAAAGCGCACUUCCAUGAUAAACUCGCAACUGUACGUCAGUCAUUAGUAUCGUUGCAAAAAUUAAAUGAUAAUGGAUUUGCUACUGAAUCAUUGGCAUCAUUGACAUCAGAUGUAAUAGAAAAAGUUAAAGGAAUUUUACAAGAUAUUUCUGCAUUUUUAGAUCCAAAAGUAUCAUUUUCAACCAAUAAUGCACUUCGAAAAACUAUUAGUGUGGAUUAUGUACGUGAAAGUCUUGUUGUGGGAUUUUUACAUUAUUUAUCCUCAGCAGCCCGUUCUUACACUAUUUGCAUACCUUGCCCACCCGCUUUUCUUUUUCUGAUUAUGACAAAAAUGUGUCUUGAAUAUCAAAUUUCUGGUGUCGGUCAUUUGUUAAAACUAGUUGAUGAAACUUACGAAAUUAAUAAAUAUUUUGAAACCAAAAACAAGAAUUCAUCUCAACUUAGCUCUGAAGUUGAGUUGGCAUCAGAUAUGCAUUCUGCCGCUCAACAUCUUGUAAACUUUUAUGUACGCGUUGAAGGACUAUCCAUAUCACAAAUGUUGAAGAAAUCUGUUGAAACUCGUGAUUGGCUUCAUAGCUUAGAACCAAGAACAGUGCGCGCUGUUAUGAAACGAGUGGUGGAGGAAAUUACAUCUGUCGACAGUCAAGUUGGUGAAUUAUUUGAAGAAGGUUUGCGGACCGACAGAAGUAGUGAUUCGAGUCGUAGGACUCAAAUGUCUAGACAUAUAAGGGCGUGGUCUACUGGUGGAACAGCUACAAACACCCAAACAUUUUCUGCCAUCAAUAGAUUAUUUUCAGAACGCAUAGACAUAUUUUCGCCAGUUCAAUUUUCGAGGGUUUCUAUUACAACAGGCAUUAUUAAAAUAAGUCUUAAGACACUUUUAGAAUGUGUUCGUUUAAGAACAUUUAAUCGCUACGGACUUCAACAGGUUCAAGUUGAUAUUCAUUAUUUACAGCUUUAUUUGUGGCGAUUUGUUUCAGAUGAAAAUUUAGUACAUUUGCUUUUGGACGAAAUAUUAAGCAGCUCCGUUCAUAGAUGUUUAAAUCCAGUAUUAAUGGAACCAAGUGUUGUUGAAAUUAUUUGUGAAAGAGGUUAA